UAUUACAGUUAUGGGUAGCAUAUCAUUCAUUCAUGCACUUUUAUUUUUACUUGUACCAAUGGUUUCCCAGGUAAUACAUGCUAGUGACAGAGACAUUAAGCUCAACUCUGUUGUGCCUCGGAGUAUCGCCACCGCCGAUGCAAGUUUCUUCACGCACUCCGCCUUCCGAGCCCUGAUCGGGGCUGAUCAACCGGCGGUUUUCGGGGUUAUGAAAGUUAGCGAGGCAGAAUUUCCGGCCUUAAAUGGUCAGGGUGUUUCCUAUGCUGUUCUACGGUUCCCUUCGGGUUCCUUAAAUCCAUCCCACCGCCAUCCCGAAUCCGCCGAGCUUCUUUUUCUUCUCGCCGGCUCUCUCGAAGUUGGGUUCAUCGAUGCAAACAAUGUGUUACGAAGUGAGACACUUGAAGCUGGAGAUGUUUUUGUUUUCCCCAAGGGGGUUGUCCAUUAUCAGUACAACUACGGGCAGGACUCGGGUUUUGCGAUCUCUGCUUUCGGCGAUGCAGAUGUUCGAACCAUACGUAGUCCGGGGUCUAUUGUUUCAACUAACAUUAGAGAUGAUAGCAUUGCUAAAUCUGUCAAGAUUGAUGCAUCAAACGUUGAGAAGAUCAAGGAUUCUUUUAUAUUAGCAGAUUGA